UUUAUCGCCCGUUUCUUUCAAAGGCGUUUCUUCGUCUUCCUGCGCGGUUUGAGCCCGGCGGCGGCCCGUAGCCUUGUUGUCAUAGCGACCAAAGCGCCGCGGCCUGGUCUCGAAAAACUGCGCGGGGAAGCCUCGGCGAGUGUUGUGUUAGCCGAGUGAGUCAAAACAACAGAGGAUAUUUCGCAGAGUUUCCUGGAGCCACCAUGUCCUUUCGCGACCUCCGGAAUUUUACUGAGAUGAUGAGGGCUCUAGGCUAUCCCCGGCUCAUCUCUAUGGAGAACUUUCGCACUCCAAACUUCAUGCUGGUUUCAGAGAUACUCAUUUGGCUCGUGAAAAGGUAUGAGCCUCAGACUGAUAUUCCUUCAGAUGUUGAUACGGAGCAGGAUCGGGUCUUUUUCAUUAAAGCAGUUGCUCAAUUUAUGGCGACAAAAGCUCACAUCAAGCUCAACACCAAGAAGCUCUACCAAGCAGAUGGCUAUGCAGUGAAGGAGCUUUUGAAGAUCACCUCUGUUCUUUACAAUGCUAUGAAGACCAAAGGAAUGGAAGCCACUGCAGUGGGUGAAGAGGACACGAGCAAAUUCAAAUUUGACCUUGGCUCAAAAAUCGGCGAUUUGAAGACGGCCAGGCAGCUUGCUUCAGAAAUCACUUCGAAAGGAGCAUCUCUCUUUGAUUUACUGGGCAAAGAAGUAGAGCUGAGGGAAAUAAGAACAGAAGCAAUUGCCAGACCUCUGGAGAUAAAUGAGACUGAAAAGGUGAUGAGAGUUGCCAUCAAAGACAUUUUGGAGCAGGUCCAGAAAACCAACGACAUGCUGAGCAACGUGGCAUCAGAUGAAACCAGUUUGGAGGCCAAGAUUGAAAAGAGGAAAUUGGAGCUGGAAAGAAACCGCAAGCGGCUACAGACCCUUCAGAGCGUUCGCCCAGCUUUUAUGGAUGAAUAUGAGAAGAUUGAGGAGGAACUGCAGAAACAAUAUAGCUGUUACCUGGAAAAAUUCCGUAACCUUACAUAUCUGGAACAGCAACUGGAUGACCAGCAUCGAAUGGAGCAGGAGAGAUUUGAGGAAGCAGAGAACACUUUGCGUUUGAUGCAGAACAAGCUGAAGGAGGAAGAGAAGCGCUUGCUGAAGAGUGGAAACAAUGAUGACUCAGACAUCGAGAUCCAUGAGGAUGAGGGAUCUGACAGUGACAUGGAAGACAGGCAGCUAAUGAAGCAGCAUACGGCCAUGGAGAUGCUGAUGCAAGGGAGACCAAGCAAACGGAUUGUAGGAACGAUGCAAGGUGGAGACACAGAGGACGAUGUCGGGGCAGCCCAAGCCCGAGCCAGUAAGCGCAGAGUCUCCAGAGCCAAGGCUAAGGAAGAUACUGAAGAUAGUGAAAUUGAUCUGGAUGACGAUGACGAUGAUGACGACGACGACCUGGAAGACGACAGCAUGGAUCUCUCUCCCAACAAGGCGAGUCGGAGGGUGAGGAAGCCCGAGCCCCUGGAGGAGAGUGAUAAUGACUUUUGAGCAGCCAGGUCAUCUCCAGAGACAAACCUUGAGGAGCACAGAGAAUCUAAAACGUUGACCCACAUGACUCUGACAGGAUGUACUCUAUAGAGUAAGGCAACCUUGAUACCAGUGAAAAGAGUACCAAAGUAGUAAUAUAUCGUGGAACUCAAAGUAGCUUAGCUCUUUUGCUGUCGUCAGUUCAUGAGCAAGGAAAGAACACUAACAUUCAGAGAGCAGUCAUGUCACGCUCCAUGGUGCCAAAGUUUUAACAGACCCAACAACACACACACAGACAAUCCAGCAACACAAAGCAGUUUAGACUCCUACAGAAUUCCUGGUAUCUUUUUGAUACAAACAUGAAUCUGGAAUUGUUUCAAAAGACAAUUCAGGAUAAAUUAACAGCUUCAGAAACUGACAAGGCAGGCAAGGAGCCCACAAUUAGUCUGGGGCUCUGCUUUGACUCUAAUUUACCUCUUUGCUAUAUGAGCACAUAUCAUAUUGUGAUAAAAGAAGUUCUAGGAAUGAUAAUAUCUCCAACCCCAUUAUUUAAUACCAAGUCCUUGCCACACAUGUCCAUGCUAAUGUAAAACCAGGUAUCGGUUUGGUUUUCCUAAGCAACUUUUCAUUUAAAAAAACCUCAUUUAGUAGAAAUACAAGUUUUAUUUUGUUUUUCUCCCCUUAUUCUGGGCCAAUAAGUCUCUAGGCACUGAACAGGCUUGACUGAAUACUUUCCUCUUGUCACAAGCCACACAGUGCUACCAGUCUCUGAAUGCCUCUGUGUAUAAUUUUAUUUUCAGAGGCUAUAUGAAAAAUAUUUUAUAGAUCCAAUUCCCUAACAGUGGCAGGUAUCAUCUGUUGAACUAGUUCUAUGUUGAGGAUUCCUCAGUUCCUUAUGCCUUGCAAGUUGUAUGUAUUUUCCAGACUCGCUCUGAACCUCUUUGACUUUUACAUACAUUCCCUCGUUUCACAAAAUAAACGACUUUACAAUCUUG